UCAGCUAACGUCGCAAACACACACGCACAGUCACACCUCCUUUGAACACACACACACCGAGUGAACCAAUAUGAAGGUAUUCGUUUGUCUGCUUGCUGCAUGCAGCAUGGUCAACGCCGGCUUCCUUGGCGGCGGCAGCGCUCUUAGCUCCGGCGGUGGCGGUGGCGGUGGUUGGUCAUCUGGCGGUGGUGGCGGCGGUGGUUGGUCCUCCGGCGGCGGCGGCUAUGGCGGCGGCUAUGGCGGUGGUCAUGGCGGUGGCGGCGGCGGCGGCGGCAUCAAGAUCAUUAAGGUCAUCUCAGAUGGCGGUGCUGGCGGCGGUGGCGGCUAUGGCGGUGGUCAUGGUGGUGGCUGGUCCGCUGGCGGUGGCGGCGGAUAUGGCGGCGGCUAUGGCGGUGGUCAUGGCGGCGGCUAUGGCGGUGGUCAUGGCGGUGGCGCCAGCAGCGUCAAGAUUGUCAAGGUCAUCUCUGACGCUGGCGCUGGCGGCGGCGGCUAUGGCGGCGGCUAUGGCGGCAGCUAUGGCGGCGGCUAUGGCGGUGGCAACUCUGGCUGGUCCGCUGGCGGCGGUCAUGGUGGCGGCUACGGCGGUGGCUACAGUGGUGCCAGCUCUGGCAGCGUGCAAAUCGUCAAGGUCAUUUCUGAUGCCGGCAGCAGCGGUGGCAGCUACGGUGGUGGCUACGGCGGUGGCCACAGCAGCGGUGGCUGGGCACCUCAGGGUGGUUGGGCCCAAAGCGGUGGCUGGUAAUAACCGAAAAAGCCACCAUUCUUGUUUACCGUUGUGAUAACCCAAAUUGAACUCUGUCACCUUUUUUUUCGCCCUUUUUUUUUGUUUU